AUGUCUCUGCCAUAUAACGUGCGUGCGCUGAGCAAGCGAAUCCUGCUGAACAAAUGCUACAGCAACACUUUACACUGGCGUUCGUUUGCAAGCGAAACCUCCGGUGGGCGGGCAAGCGACCCCGACGGGACCACAAUUAAUGUGCCCUCGAAAGACGUCGUCACACCACUCCCGCCUCUGUCGCAUCCCAUUCCCAACCUGCCACCGGUACAGUACGCCCGGCCGGGAGAUCAGAGUAAUGUCACGCAAGUCACACGGCUCAGCAACGGACUACGGGUAGCGUCCGAGAAUCGGUUCGGACAGUUCUGCACAGUCGGCGUGGUGAUUGAUUCUGGGCCACGGUACGAAUUGGCAUACCCGAGCGGCAUUUCCCACUUCCUGGAGAAGCUUGCCUUUCAGUCGACCUCCGAGUACGGGGAGCGUGAUGUAAUCUUCCGGGAGCUUGAGCGACACGGUGGAAUUUGUGACUGUCAGAGCACUAGGGACACGUUCGUGUACGCGGCCAGCGCGGACAGUAGAGGUUUGGAAUCGGUGACGCGCAUUCUGUCGGAGGUCGUACUCCGUCCGCAGCUAUCGAUAGACGAGGUAGAGCUAGCCCGGCAAGCGGUACAGUUUGAUCUGGAAACUCUCGGCAUGCGUCCGGAACAGGAACCGAUUGUGAUGGACAUGGUGCAUGCAGCCGCCUAUCGUGACAAUACGCUAGGUUUUCCCAAACUGUGUCCUUCCGAGAAUGUUCCCAAGAUCGAUCGUGACACGCUGCUGUCUUACCUAAGCCUACAUCACACCCCGGAACGGAUGGUACUAGCCGGUGUUGGCGUUCCGCACGAUGAGCUAGUCCGACUGGCAGAACGCUACUUUGUGCAGGGUUCGGCCACAUGGGAAAACGAAAAAAGCGCUUCGCCCCAUCCGAAAGGUGUGGACACAUCUGUGGCACAGUACACCGGUGGAUCGAAGGUGGAAGAAUGUGCCAUCCCGGUGUACGCGGCUGUAGGUCUCCCGGAGUUAGCGCACGUUGUGAUUGGAUUGAAGGGAUGCUCCCAUCAGGACAAAGAUUUCAUUGCUGCCUGCGUCCUUAACAUGAUGAUGGGCGGUGGUGGAUCGUUUUCGGCCGGUGGCCCUGGCAAGGGCAUGUACACGCGCCUCUACACGAACGUGCUCAAUCGGUACCAUUGGAUGUACAGUGCAACCGCGUACAACCAUGCGUACGGUGAUACAGGUUUGUUCUGCAUUCAUGCCACCGCACCACCGACACACGUCCGCAGCCUGGUGGAGGUCAUCACUCGAGAACUGUACACGAUGCAGGCCCGGCCCGGUGAUCAGGAAUUGCGACGAGCCAAGACACAGCUACAGUCGAUGCUGUUAAUGAACCUGGAGGCGAGACCGGUCGUGUUUGAGGACAUCGGCCGCCAGGUACUGGCGACAGGUGAACGUCGCAGACCGGAGCAUUUUAUUCAAGAAAUUGAGAAAAUCACCGCUGAAGAUGUGCAAAACGUUGCACGGAAUAUGCUCGCAUCUGCUCCAGCAAUGGCCGCCCGCGGGGAAAUUAAGGGCAUUCCGGAGGUGAAGGAUAUUCACGCGGCCCUCUCAAACGAAGGACGGUUUCCGGGCAAUCGGCGGUUGACGCUAUUUCGAUAA